AUGUCGGCGUCAGAUGAGCAGUCAGAGAGUGAUCGCGAUCAAAUCAUCAAACGGAACGCCAAAUCGUCACUUCUGAGUCUUCCCGCUGAGCUCCGCAACCAGAUCUUUGCGCUCGCUCUCACACAGCCCACCAUUGAGAUCUUCUGGUCCGAACCGCACUUGAAGUUCAAGUUUCAUGAGGAUUGUCGGCCAGACUACGUUCGACAACCGCUCAACCUCCUCUUCGUGUGUCGACAAACCCAUGCUGAGACUGCCACUCUUCCCUACAAACUUAAUAUAUUUGCUGUCGAUUUCGUUUACCAGCGUGAUCCUCCGAACAACUUUCUUUAUCAGAGGACAGUGGAGCAGAGGGAAGUGAUGGGUAGUGUCAGUCCGCGAAAUAUCUUUUCUGGAAAAGCAGGAAAGCCUAGGUCCGCAACAGUAUGGAUGGCUCAUAUGUGGUAG